AUGGAUGGUGAUUGGGAGGAACUGCCACCUUCGGGUGUGCAUCCGGAUCUUACACAAGCUCCCGCGCGAGCAUUCGAUUCUUCUCAAGAAUUGUUUUGGACGGGGGACGAACUGGGACGCGUCAGGAGCUGGUAUGGUGCCGAGGGAAUAAGAUAUACAUCCUACAAGGCUGGCCAAGAUCCAAUUCGUCAAUUCCUGUUCCAUGAUAAGGGGGUUAUUACUGUACCCACGAGCGAGCACUUCAAGAUCAUGAAGAGAAGCCGGUAUAUUUGUGCAGCCACAGCGCAUGGAUCCGUCAGCAUACUAGAUUCUUAUAACUUCACUGUGAUCAAGACUUGGCAAGCUCACACGGCCCUCAUCAACGAUAUGGAUGCGCAAAGUGAGUAUCUACUUACUUGUGGCUAUUCAUUACCACAGCAAGGGUCAUACAGACUUGAUACUUUUGUCAUGGUUCUUGACCUCAAGACAUUGACCACCCUACCUCCAAUUCCCUUUCCUCCCGGAGCAGCUUUUGUUAGAAUGCACCCGCGAAUGCUGACAACCACAUAUAUCGUUUCGCAACAAGGUCAAAUUCAUAUAGUUGACUUGAUCAAUCCGAAUUCAAGUAAUGUGAGGCAAGCAAAUGUUUUGUCCACAUUGAGAUCUUUAGAGAUCGCUUCUUCAGGGGACGCUAUUGCCUUGUCGGAUAUGGAAAAUAGCGUACACAUAUGGGGCUCACCAGCCAGAUUUCGGUUUUCCGAGUUCAGUAAUCCUAUCGAGGUUGCAGAUUCGGACGAGAAACCUGUUCGUACAGACUGGUCCGAUGAUACUCCAUUAAAUACAGUUGGUAUGCCCUAUUAUCGAGAAAACCUUUUAUCUGCUUGGCCGAGUCAUAUGAUUUUCGAAGUUGGUGCACCGCCUGUAAAGCUCGACUCAAAUUGGAUUUCAAAUCCAAAAGUUGCAGACUGGUAUAUAUACGGUCGCAACGCAAGGAAGGAUGUCAGAAGGAACCAGAUAGAGAAUACGAGAACGAUCGAAAAAGCCCAAGCGAGCAUACCAGCGCCCAAAUUUUUGAGUGAAAAGGCUAGAGAAGCCGUGAAUGAUGCGACGCCCGAACGUGGUAUGAACGAUAUCGCAGAUAGCAUAGGGAAUAGAGAGCUCCCUACUUUGCAAGCCGGUACUAAUGCUUUGUAUAUGAAUGUCGAGAUUAAGUAUAGUAAAUUUGGAGUUGAUGAUUUUGAUUUUGGAUUUUAUAAUAAGACUCCAUACUCGGGGCUCGAGACUCAUAUCUCCAAUUCAUAUGCGAAUGCGUUGUUGCAAGUGAUGAGAUUCACUACCCUCAUCAGGAAUUUGGCCUUGAAACACACGGCUACAAGUUGUGUUAAUGAUAUGUGUUUGUUAUGUGAGAUGGGAUUCUUGUUUGAUAUGCUUGAGAAAGCAGCGGGGACCGUGUGUCAAGCAACAAACUUGCUGAAGACUUUCAGCCAUCAUCCAGAAGCUAAGCACUUGGGCUUAUUGGAGGAAGAUUCACGUGGAAUUCCACUAUCAAAUAUGCUUCAGUCAAUGAAUCGUUUUUUCCUCGAUAGAAUUCCAAAUGAAUUUAAAAGCGUCCCUGGUGGUUCAAAUAUGCUUGAGCGUGUUUUUUCUACGCCUGCCACAAUGAUCAUAAAAUGUGUUUUUUGCAAGAGUGAGCACACACGACCAGGAGCAACCUCGUCUGUUGAUCUUACCUAUCCGCAAACACCAGCUGCUUUGCUCAUUCUGCGCCAAAUUCACCAUCAGAAAGCCAAUGGUUUCUCUUCAAUGAUUUUCUAUACUCGUGUUAUUGAUAAAACCCAUAGGCCUCUCUCCUCUAAUCAUGAAACACCAACUGAAGGAACUCUCAUGGCUAUUGACACUGAGUUCGUCUCUAUUCGUCAACCCGAAAUCGAAGUAAACUCCGAAGGUGAACGACAAACUAUUCGACCCAUCGCACACGCUCUGGCCCGUGUCUCUGUUGUCCGAGGCUUUGGUGAAGACGAAGGGUUUCCAUUUAUUGAUGAUUAUAUCAAUUGCAAAGAUCCCAUUGUCGACUACCUGACAUCUUAUUCAGGUAUUAGUCCGGGUGAUCUUGAUCCACGUCAAUCAAGACAUAAUCUUGUUUCUCUUAAAACUGCUUACAAGAAACUCUGGAUUUUACUAAACCUUGGAUGUAAAUUUGUGGGACAUGGGCUCAAGACAGAUUUUAGAGUCAUCAAUAUACAGAUACCCAAAUCGCAUGUCAUUGAUACAGCUGAUCUUUUUUUCAUCCCAGCUAAACAGAGAAAAUUGGGACUGGCGUUUCUGGCAUGGUAUCUUUUCAGAGAAGAUAUUCAAGUUGAAACACAUGAUAGUAUUGAAGAUGCGAAAACAGCGUUGAGGCUGUGGAGGAAGUGGGAAGAAUGGACUACAGCAGAGAAACUUGGAGGAGCACUGGUAGAAGAUUUAUUGAUGGAAGUCUAUAAGCAAGGGCAGGCGUGCAAUUUUAGACCGCCGGGGUUUAAUGCUAGGAAGGAAAGGGAGAGGGAAAGAGAAAGGGAAAGAGAGGGGAAGGAUAUUAGUAGGGCUAAUACACCGCCUGGGAAUGAAGAUGGUGGUGUAAGUUUAAAGGGACCGAGUACUCCUAUUCGUAAACCAUUGGGAGCACUACCGUUUGGGUCAGGAGGUAGUGGAAGUGCGAAUGGUAGUGGACUUUCGAGCUUUGGUGGAGGGGGAAGUGGUUGGACUCCUGGGAAGGGAAGUCCGUUACGAUGA